GCCAACCUCCCACGUCUUUUCACAUUUCAUGCCGGUACAAGGCGGUCAGAAUCGGCACAAACGUGCACCUCAACUUGCUUAUAAAACGCGUCAAUUGUUCAUUAAUUCCAAUCGACGCGACUAUCGCGUCACUCACGCGCCUCGACACUGGGCUCACUGUUCGGAAAUAGCCGCCAAGCCCCCUCCCCUCGAGAGGUCGAGAAACCCCUCAGCAGAUCACCACGAUCGUUCAACAAGAUGGUCAAACCAGCCGGUCCCGGAGUUUACUCUGCGACGUACAGUAAUAUUCCUGUCUACGAAUACCAGUUUGGUGAAGGAUUGAAGGAACAUGUUAUGCGCCGCCGUGGAGACGAUUGGAUCAAUGCGACACACAUCCUCAAGGCCGCCGGUUUCGAUAAGCCAGCCAGAACGAGAAUUCUCGAGAGAGAGGUUCAGAAGGAGACACACGAGAAGGUCCAGGGUGGAUAUGGCAAAUACCAAGGUACAUGGGUCCCACUUGAGCAAGGUGAAGCUCUGGCGCAACGAAACAAUGUCUAUGAGAAGCUCCGAACCAUCUUCGAGUUUACCCCUGGCGAGCUUAGCCCCCCACCUGCCCCGAAGCAUACCACAGCAAAGCCGAAAGUCGCAAAGAAGCCUGCUGUUCCGAAAUGGGGUACAAAACCAGUGCCAGCACCACGUGCACAUGACGACUAUGAUAAUAUCAGCGCCCAGUUGAAUGACGAUGAGAGUAUUGCUGACGAUACCACGGUUGCUUCAGCAUCUUUCAUGCUUGAAGAUGAUCGAUAUGAUAUGUCUCAACAAUCCACAAGCCACCGCAAGCGCAAGCGCAAGGAGGCUGCAGUUAGUGAGCAUGAACGCCUUCAUAGGUGGUACGCCGAUGAGCUUCUCGACUACUUCAUGGUCUCCCAGCGUGAACAGAACCCCCCUAAGCGACCAGAUCCUCCGCUCAACUUCGAUCCUGAUUGGCUCAUCGACAAUGAAGGUCACACUGCGAUGCACUGGGCUGCUGCUAUGGGAGACGUUGAUGUUAUGAAGGAGUUAAACAAGUUCGGUUGCUCAUUAGUUAUCCAGAAUACCCGAGGCGAAACCCCGCUGAUGCGAUCCGUGUUAUUUACCAACUGCAUGGACAAGCAGACUAUGCCAUUCGUCGUCAAGGAGUUGAUCGGCACAAUUGAUUGUGUUGAUUUCUGUCGAUCUACGGUUCUUCACCAUGCUGCCGCAGUUACAACUAGUCGUGGCAAGCAUCACUUCGGUCGCUACUAUCUCGACGUACUUCUGAAUAAGAUGCUAGAGUCACUUGAGCCAGAGCUUAUCCCACGUAUCCUUGAUGCGCAGGAUAUUGAGGGUAACACCGCAAUUCACAUCGCGGCCAAGAACAAGGCUCGGAAGUGUGUCAGAGCUUUGAUGGGCCGUGGGGCUAGAACCGAUAUCCCAAAUCAAGAUGGCAUUACCGCAGAGGAGAUGAUUCAAGAGCUCAAUGAGAGUCGAAGAAUGGAUCGCCAUCCACAGGCUUCAUCGUCGCCGUAUGGACCUGAUCGUCAAUCCGUGUAUGAAAUGCCGGAGGAGCCACGUCGCAACACGACUCACAUAUCCGAAGCUUCCAUGUCGAUCGAGUCUACUAUCAAACCUCUUAUGCUUGAGAAGUUCCAAGAUCUGGCCCGGUCCUUUGACGAGGAACUUAUCGAGAAGGAGACGUCCGAGAAGGAGGCUAGGCGUAUCCUGUCAAGCACAAACCAAGAGCUGGCUGCCAUUAAGGAGCAAAUCCUUGAAGUGUCCUGCCACCAAGAAUCCCCCGAAAAGACCGCCCAAGGGAAGCAGCAGCUGGAACAGAUUCAACUGAUGGUCACCUCCUUGAUCGAGCAACAACAAAAGCUGAGCCUUUGGGGCAAUAUCCAACGCGAGGAAGCUAAGAUGAACGGCCACAUGAUCAAUAGUGAUGAUGAUGUCGCCGAAAGAGUUAUGCUGGCGCAGCGUUUGAUGGCCGAGCAAAAUAAGAGACAGAAGUUUGUCAUUCAAUACCGAGACGCUCUCAGUGAUGCAGGCGCCGGCGAGAGAGGUGAGCUGUACCGACGACUCAUCCGCAAGGCUCUGGGCACUGAGAUCGAGAUGAUGGACGAGAACAUGGAUACUUUAAUCGAGCAACUGAAGGAAGAUCAACGCAGCCGCGAGGGCGAGACAAUCAAUGCCGAAGAUGUCUGAGUCUGUCCUUAUUGCGAAGGAUGGCGAUUUGGUCAUUCUCACUCGAAGGUGCACCAUUUGCUCGUCCUUGCCGCGGUUCGACAUCGAAGUUGCAUAAUGAGGAUCGAAGCGUUUUCUGUCAUUUGAUUGAGCAUGCCAUGGUAUAGUGCAUUUAUAUUCGGCGUUAGGAAGGGGGAGGAAGCAUCGUGUUUUCCAGGCGCAUGGAGUCAGCGUGUAUUGUAUCCACGGAUGGACUUACAAUAUUAACGACUGUUAUUUCUCCACCCGAUGGAGCUUUUCAGCUGAAGGAAAUCGUGGAUUCGUAUACUGCUCAUUCGAUUGAGUGAGAUCAACUGUUAAAGUUGGUUGUUCUUCUGUCUCUACUAAAUAGAACAGAACUAGAUAUCAGAAUUGAUCUCUCU